CCCAACGCGUUCCUCAAGGAAGCGGAAUCCCCCACCCGCACUUCGCGUUUCACUGAACGAUGCAUGAUUCUAGUCAAAGAAUCCUAUCAAGAUGAACGACGCGACAACAUCUAUGCUCGCAGAGCAUUUCAGUUAUACACCGCUGUCCCUGGUAGAUGACGUUAUCAACUCGAUCAACAAUCUGAUAUAUCAAGCUAUUUCAAGUCUUGAAGCCGGUCUACUCUCCACCCCUCCCGAACGGUUGGGCUUUUCGCACGCUAGCAACGGUUCAACCAUCCCAGACACUGACGAGGAUGGGAACGUCGUUUACCCCGAGGCAAAGUUAGAAAUAGAGAAUGGACUGCACCAGUUGGAAACACUCCUUGAGUCGACAGUCGACAAAGCCUUUGAUAAGUUUGAAAUUAUUGUCUUGCGAAACUCGUUUCGCGUGGAUGAUGAUUUGCUAGGAUGGAUCAGGCUGAAGCAUUAUGAGGGACUGGACCUAAAUCCAGCUUCGAACACCCCUACUCCAGAGACAAUUACUGCUUUGCGCAAAAAGCUACAAGAAACCAAGAAGUUGAACCGAGCGUUGAAACAAGAGAGCGCCCGAAACGACGCGAUCAUAUCCCAGUUACGGUCUGUUUUGUCCACCGUCAAAGGGACCGACGGCGCGACAGGUGCGAAACAGGAGGGCGAUGCCGAAGCGCCGGCGCUUCCUGCGAACAAAGACCUGGAUCUAUCGUUCUUAACGGAAAGCCCAGCGGCCCAGCAACUACGAGUGGGCGCUGCUACUGGACCAAACACAAAACAUACCCCGCUUACCACAAAUACGACUUUUAUAUUAUCUCAGCUCCCUGCGCUACAAGCGUUGCUUAAGAAUCUCCGGCCUAAACUGGCGACUCUACCAAAAUCGGCGGAUAUGACGGGGGCGGAUACUAAACUCGACGAGAGAAAAGAAUAUAUCGAGAGCAGGAUCCGUUUGCAUUUGGAGCGGACCGGACAGCUUGGGGUGGGCAGUGAUGGCAAUCCCGUCGUCGCCGGACGAAAGAUCGAUAUCUCCGAAGCGCAGGCGCUGGAGGCGGUCGCGGGAAUGCUUACGCAAGGCGACAAGAUGUCAGAAUAAGAAAGAUCAUGAACGGGAAUUGGACGGCGUGGUUCAUUCGCCAUUG